GUUAAAAUUGUUCUUAACUAAUUGGUAGGAACUACAACUACUAUUCGCCGUAAAAAUUUGUCUACCAGUAUUUGACUGUUCGUAUCUUUUAACCAAUGGUUCGUGGUAGUGGACGUGUCGGUAUGAAUAGAUUUCCACCAUCUUUGGCCGGGCCAAUGGUUCCUCCAUUUAUGUCCCGCAGAGUGCCAAGACAUCCUUUCGAUAUUGUCCUUUGCGAAGGUGCAUUCCCCCGUGUGAAGCCUGGCGCUCAUACUACAGAGGAAUCGGCUUUCAACGCUGCUUUGCUCAAAAGGGCGCAGGUGUUAACACCCACUCCUGAAGACCAUUCAUCCCUGUUGGGAGUUGUUACCAAGAUACAGUCUAUACUGGAUAAUAUUAUUAUAUCCCCAGGCAAAACUGAAGUAUCUAUAGAAGAGGUUAGAGUAGUCGGAUCUUUUAAAAAAGCGACUAUUAUGAAGGGUCAUACUGUGGCGGACAUAGUAGUUAUUUUUAAAACUCUACCUACUAAAGAGAGCGUAAUAUCUUUGUCUCAAAGAAUUAUAGCAGACUUCAGAGAAAGUUAUCCUACUGGCAUGCAGAUUGCUGAUGAUGUUUUGAUGGCUCCAGACAGUACAGGUUUUGAUGUUAUUUCAUCACAAGGCACUGUGCGUAUACUAAUUUCUACUAUAUCUACAAAUUUAAAGAAGCUUACGUCUGGUCUACACUUAGAUUCAAAUGCAAUGAAACUACACAUGGGUGCAAUACGCCAUAGGUGA